UCCCCGCUCGCUGGCGCCUCGCUCGCUCGCAGAAGCUCGGAUCCAGACGCACGCAAGGCGCUGUCCUUCAGCACCACGGCUCGCGCUGGGGCGGGAGGACUCCUGUUUGUCCUCCUCCUCAAAUUGGCUUGAAUCUGCUCUGACCCCAAGAGUGCAGCACAGUCUGGGAAGAAAGGCGUGAGGAUGGUGAAGCUGAACAGUAACCCCGGGGAGAAGGGCACCAAGCCACCUUCGGUGGAGGAUGGCUUCCAGACCGUCCCCCUCAUCACCCCCUUGGAGGUCAAUCACUUACAGCUGCCUGCGCCGGAGAAGGUGAUCGUGAAGACCAGAACGGAGUAUCAGCCGGAACAGAAGAACAAAGGGAAGUUCCGGGUGCCGAAGAUCGCUGAGUUCACGGUCACCAUCCUCGUCAGCCUGGCCCUAGCGUUCCUCGCCUGCAUCGUGUUCCUGGUGGUUUACAAAGCCUUCACCUACGACCACAGCUGUCCGGAGGGAUUUGUCUAUAAGCACAAGCGCUGCAUCCCGGCCUCCCUGGAUGCCUACUACUCGUCCCAGGACCCCAACUCCAGAAGCCGCUUCUACACAGUCAUCAGCCACUACAGCGUGGCCAAGCAGAGCACUGCCCGGGCCAUCGGGCCCUGGCUGUCGGCGGCCGCUGUCAUUCAUGAGCCCAAGCCGCCCAAGACCCAGGGCCAUUAGGGGCCUACCGGAGCCGGAGUGGGGGGGGCGGUGGGCAGGGGACCCCCCAGGCUCAGCCAAGCUCGAGUUACAAGA